AUGCAAUCUCAGCUUUCACAUCGUAGUUCAACUGGAGACCCAUGUCGUGUUUGUGGUUUCGAAAAAAACACUGGUCGAAAUUUUGGUGUAAUUACUUGUUCAACAUGUAAAGCUUUUUUCCGACGAAACGGUCGAACUGGUUCAGCUUUACCAUCUUGUCGUUUCGGUAGUCAAUGUCCGGUCAAUGAACGUACUAGACGACAAUGUCCAACAUGUCGUUUAGCAAAAUGUUUUGCUGUUGGAAUGCAAAAGGAUUUAAUUCGAACCGAUGAAGAACGUGCUUCUCGGUUGCAACUUGUUAAAGCAAAUCGUUUACAACGACAAGAAAAACUUUUAGCCGUAUCGUUAUCAGCACAAACAACCCCAUUGCAAAAACCUCAUCGACGUGUACCACAUGAGACGCCGAGAAUGAAUUUUAAUCAAAUUAAUAAAAUUUCAACGCCAUUAUCAUCAAAUGAUUGGAUACAGUUAACAAAUAUUCGCAGCGCUUAUGAACAUUAUUGUUUACACCCAAUAUUGCAAGCAGAAGAACAGCGCGAAGAAUAUUUAAGUGGACAACCUUUAAAAUGUCGUUUGAAAGAACAUACAUUUAUGAAUGUACUUACUGUACGUCUUACAUCAUUAGUGUCAUUUUUUCGUGCAACAAUUCCGUUUUUCUCAAUGGAUCUAAACAGUAAUGAUCGUGCAUGGCUAGUACGUACAAAUUUACAUUAUCUUUUAUUAUUUUCAUCAAUGGAUUUAAUGAGUGUAAAUGGCAAUCAAACUCAUUUUGAUUCCAAGAGAUCCUGUCAUGCUGCUUAUCUAUAUGUUUACGGACAAGAUUUAUUACUACGUGCUGAAUAUUUAAUACAAAAAUUAAAACAUUUAAUUGACUUUGAUCCUGCCAUAAGUAAAAUUGUUCAAAUUAUUCUAUUUCUAUCCCCAAGUUUAUUGACAAAUUAUGAUGCAAAUUAUUAUUAUCAACCAUCGGAAAAAACCAUAUCUGAUAUUGUGCAAGCUCAAGAACAAUAUAUUAAUAUCCUAUGGUCUUAUUUAAUAUAUCGUCAUGGACACGAGAACGGCCAAAAAUUACUAAUGGCUAUUAUGGGACAAGUUCUCGAGCAUCAAAAUUUUGGAGCUGAUGUAGAUAAAUCUUUGCUAGAACGACAACCAUUUGGUGAUCUUGUUUAUUCAAUGUUAAUGUCAUUUUCGCGCAAUUGA